UCUUGGUGACUUUUAUUUUUCAAUAACGAUUAUUUUCGGUCCCUGCUUCAAAGAUGUUUAGCGAAGACCGAUGUCUAUAUUAAAAAACAUUCAAAAUGUAAUUAUAGCAGGUGAUAUAAAUGCGAGAACUAGUUUUAUUGUGAAAUCAAGCUCCACAUGUUUCAAAACCGGACUGGGGAAGUAUGGCUGUAAAUUUCAUUGUUCCAUUUUAAUUGUGGACUCAAAACAAAACUGUGCUUUGGAAAUAAUUACAUAUAUUUAUAUAUAUUAUAAAUGCUCUUAACUGAGUAUUGAACGAACUCGGCGAUGUCGAUGCCAAACACCGAUUUGCAAGCUAGGUUCCAUAGGCAGGAGACGGUAGGGAGGACAUUGAAAAUGCAUGCGCUAACAAAAAACAAAAUGAACUACGAAACCAUUGGCCACGCCACGUCCACCGAACUAUCGGACAGUAUCGAUCGACCGCAGCAGAAAAUCGAAAGUGCAGGCGCUAAGCGCCAAUGCCCACCGAGAAAGCAUCCGGAAAGGAAGACACGGGAGGAGAGGACCAUUGAGAAGUUUCGGAACAUUGACUUCUUUGGGCAGCGGGACUCGAACAACCUACUAACGGUCCAGAAUCUCGAGUUUCCAGACGCCAACAUCAAGCGCACCGAGCUGCACAAACGCGAUGAGUGCGGCAAGGGCGUAAUCCGUGGCAAAGGUCGCGACUUCGCCAGCUCAAGCAACUCCCAUUUUAGAGACGGCAUCGAGACGGUAAAGACGCGCAAGGAUGUUUGCUCCACCACCAGUGCAGAGCAGCAAUUCCAGAUGGCCGGCAAUGGCCAGAAGAGCGACCAGGUGCAAAAGUCUUCGGAAGGAGAGCCCGAUUCGGGGGAGCUGGUUGACUCAAUGCACGCGCCCUCCACGCGUCCACCCAACUUCAAGGGCGAAGAGUGGAGGCGCCCGUGCCCGGCCAGCUUCGUGGCCGGCGCCCCGCGACCCCGCAUUGGCCGGUGUCCGAAGAACUACGAGCAGCUGGCAAAGUUGACGCCUGCCCGCCAAAAGUUCUUCCUCACCCAGGAUCCGCGGAAGUCGCACUGCCUGGUCAAUCCGGUAGCGCUCCGCCACACUCCGCUGACGAAGGAGCAAGAGUUCAGUCUGAUUGGCAAGUUGGUUAAGCACGGGGACAAUCUGUGCGCCAGCACUGGGUCGGAGACCUCCGAUACGCACAUCUGCGAGGUGAUCGAUCUUCAGAAUCCGCUUCGACUGGACUUUCACGGCAUGGACUACAAGACGACGUACGAGCAGGACGAGAUCGAGCAGCAGAACGCGCUGACUUUCUGGCGCGUUCAGCGCUACAUGGCGCGGCGAAAGGCCAAGAAAAACACCAAGGUGAACGUCGAGGCCGAGCUGAAGGCGGAGCGGCUGGCAGUGCCGCAGCGCUACAACACAAAGAUCAAGGACACGCCCGUGGAGGAGCUGUCGCCACCUCGAUCGCCGCGCCUCGUCCACCUGUACCGCAGUCCGGACAAGCCGGCCAACAAGCUCAAAAUCGAGGAGGAGCGCAGGCGCCGGGCUGCCCGCUACAAGGACAUCUACCUGCGGAAGAAGCAGCGCGAGGAGGAACAGCUGCAGGAGCGCCGAAAGCAAGAGGCGGACGUCAAGGAGAUCGAGGGGCGGACGGUGGCCGAGGACGACCUGCGCGCCGACGUGGCGGUCAUUGAUGACGCCAUCGAGCGCAGCUUCCGCAAGCACGUGGAGCUCAGGCCCAUCAUCCGGAAGCGCAAGGUCUUUCCUAAGACCCUUACCGAAACGGAGAGGCUAAAGGCGAUCAUGCACCGCGAGGACUGUGUGCGGCGCGACAAGGCCCGAGUGACCCAGCAGUUCUUCCUGGAGCGCACUGGCAAACUGAAGUACCUUCCGGACGCGGAGCAGCAGCUGCGCUGCGACGAGAGCAUCGAGGGCAGUGUGGGCUCCACGCCCAGCGAGCAGAGCAGCGACGACGAGGACUACCUUCAGGUGGGCAAGAUUGGCGACAAGUUCCAGCUGCGUGGAUUCCACUUCAAGCACGGAGACGGCCUGCGCGGAAAGCUGCACCGCCACCAAAUUAUGCAGGGCCAGCGAACGGUGAAGGGAUGCCUCACGCGGGAGGAGUGGCUCAACCAGCUGGUGCCGCACAAGGAACCCAUUAAGCUCGACGUAGAGCGCGGCAUUAUAAAGGUUCUUGACCCCGACGACCCAAACUUGGACCUAUUUCCACCCGAGCCGUUGCUCGUGAGAAGGCGCGAACGCCAAAGUGCAGUCAAGGAAUUCAUAGAUCAGCGACUUGGCCUGCACUAUCACCGUCGACUACGCAAAAACUUGAAAAUUGUCAAACCCAAGCCAGCGUACAAUGUCAAGAAGUUCAAUCUCAUUCGGUAUGUUUUUCCCGAAAAAGUACUUGUUCCCGACGAUCGCGUGCCGGUGGAGGAGAUGGAGGUGCUCGACGCCACCAAGGUAAACACCACGCUGGAAUAUCUCGAUCUGAAGCAACAGCUGGACAAAUCCAAGCGCCACAAAAAGAAACUCGCCCGCAUGCAACUGCUCGGCCUGCCCUGCAUUGAAAAGGAGCAGCUGAGAGCGACAGAUCCUUGCCUGGAGGUCGAGGAGGAGCUGGAUGUCGACUGGGUGCCGACUCCAGAACCUCCCUACAAUGAGGGCGAGGGACACCAGCGACAGGAGGGCGGUUGCGACCGACCGGCAACGGGACUUACAAAAAUCCCCCAAUCGCCGACGCCGGGCUUCACUCGCAUCACUGGAAACUCUAGCUGUUUCCGCUUCCGUCGCGCCUCUGCUGGGCAGGAAGAUAUCCUCCCCCAACCACUGCAACCGGCACGAUGGCGCGGAAAUAUGCCGGCACCCAAGGAGAGGGAGAAGACCCUGACGAUACACCCCAGGCGAAGGCGCGAUUACGCAACUGAGCGCGUUCCAUCGGCGAUUUUCAAUGAGGUGCUUCAGAAUUCCCCACUGCCGCUCCUGGAGCAACCGGAACCAGAAAAGCUGCGUUUUGCCAAUGUUAGGACCAAAAAGCGCCCGUAUACAGAAAUAUUUGAGGCUAGACACCACCAUGACCAUUGGGCGCCGACUCAAGUAAAAAAUGUGCACGUUCAGUAUCAGCCGAAGACCGUUCUUCCCGAAAUUACGAAGGUGGCGAAAAAGGUCCGGGAACCGGUGGUCAAAUUUGAGAGGGCUAACCCGCCCAGCAGCAAAUAUGUGAACAAGGAUCUUACCAUGCCCAGCUACGACUUUGGCCAGAUGAUUUCAGAGCAUUUGUCCGCCACCCGAACUGACAAUAAAGAGGCUGCCGGCGAAAUAGUGCCCGACCUUUGCCGGCCAUACGACUUCGUUUUCCACUCGCGGGACCCCGAGGAGUUGGCUAAACUAGACUUUCCGGGCCGAAAACAGUAUUUGGAUCUACUGCGUGAGACCCGCGAGGCCAUUUACGAGACCAAGGACAUUGAGCCCGGUGAAGAGCGCCUAUUAGUGGACCGCCGCGCAGUGGUCGCGGACCUGGAGGAGGACCUUCGGAGCAUUGAGAACUGCCUUACCUCAUUGAGCAGCUCCGAGUGCACUGACCUGUCGAACGACAGCGGCAGCUACAUGGUGAUCGAGGACAAAACUAAGUUGCCCCUGGAUUAUAUACGGAAGCCACUGGUGCCUUUCGAAGAGAUGCGGCGGGCGCGCUUUCACGCGGCGGUUAUUGACGUGAAUGCCGAGGACGAGGAUCCCUACCGCAUGCUGCCUUUUUCCGGUCAGCACAAGGAGCAGGCCGAUAUGCUGGGACCCAAGGAUACGUUUUUUACCUUCAGUACUCGACUGCGAAAUAGCCUGCGCCUGCGACUGGAAGUGCCGGUGCCGGACGUCCGUAAGACGCUGCUUGGGCCCGGGAACCGCAAGUACUAUGGGGCAGUCAUCACUGAUCUCGACGAGAACUACAUUGAGGAGCUAAAGAGUCGCGCCACCAUUAAGUCCUUUAAAUUCAAAACCAGCAUUCAGUUGCUCAAGGACGCCAUGCGUCUGAAGUACGAAUCCCUGCUCAUACAAGGGCAAAUGGUGCGCACUAAGAUUUACGAUCGCAUGAACGAGCGCCACUGGGUGGACAUGAAGAACACCAAGAAUUUGUACGAGGCAUUGUUCGCCAAGUGGAAGAAGAAGGAGUACAACGCGGCCAUGACGAUGGUGUACCAGGUGAAGUCGUACUACGAGACCACCGACAAGCUCAAGCAAGAGUACCGGGACCUAGAGCGGGAGCUGAUGAUGCUCAACAUGGACAUUGUGUUUAUCGAGGGCCACUGGAUCCGAUGCAUUAUGCUGCAGAACUUCCACUAUCUGAUGGGUGACCAGGACUGGAGAUCGGAGCACGACUGGAUACAUCUGGUUCCCAAAAGUAAGCGUCGCGGGAGUCCGAAAAGCGAGGACGACGAGGAGCAAGCUGCGGAGGAAGUCGACGAGGAGGACUUGGAACUGGAGCCUUACGACGUCUCGAUCGCGAAGCGAACCAUAGUCAACAUUCGCGUUCGGGACAAGGACGAUGCCUGGGCCAUCCGCACCUUCUACUACGACGUCUACAUGCAAAAGGUCCACCCAAUCCUGCAGGUCUUCCCCGACGCAGAGUCCUUCUUGCAGGGCGUCGAGAGCCUGAAAAACAAGACCUUUAUGUUGCUUCUGGAAAUGCACUUCACGUUAUCUAUUCACACCGAGUUACAAGGCCGACAGGAGACCUUUAUCGAUUGGUGCACCAAGGACCUAAAGGAGAAGCAAGAGUACGUUGCUCGCAAGUCGGCAAAGAAAUUCUUUAUGGAAGACCGUGCCAAGGAGAUGGAGGAGCGGGUCCACCAAUAUCUUGGACGGCCCAUCGAGGAGACGAUUGCGGAUGAGGACUUUAACAAGCACCGCGCUGUAUUGGCCGAGGUAUGGCGCCGCGUGGUUCCAGACUCGGUUCGCGGCACCAGUGAUGUCUUGCCGUGUGCUGCUGACAUGGUGGCCGCCAUUAGCGAUGUGGUCAUGGAAAUUCUUUCCAAGUUUGAGCACAUGGACAUUGAGAAGGUCCGGGCCGUGGAGGCUACCCUGCGUAAAGGUCGCCGCUACAGAGAAAAGCUCUCUCACCAGGCCUAUCAGGUGGAGCGUCGCAUUGACAUGGAGAUGAAGAAGGUGCGCCGCAACCUGGAGCCGCCCUUUAAGAAGCCGAAGCGCGAGGGUCCCCUGCCGAGGCUCUACCUCAAGAAGAGGGUCAUUCCAGAGGAAAAGGAAGUGCUAGUAAUCUCUGAAAACACUAAGAACUUUGUGCGCGCCUUUAGGGAGGACGGUUACACUGGCGACCAAAUUACCCACACCUCCUUGCUGACAGUUGACAACAUGCAGGAGCAGAUCGUUCCCUUCUAUUUUGACCAUUUCCUGAAAAUCAACGGCUACACGCCCAAUUAUAACUUUAGGACUAACGUAGAUCUGCGUGACGGCCCCGAGUUCAAUCGCUUGAAAGUACGCGAAGUCCUACCAGAUGUCCUUGCCAGGCUGGAGACUUGGGAGACAAUGCACAAGAAGAUUAUGGAGGAAAACAUCCAGAGAAACCCGAAGAUGUAUGAGAAUGUUAUCUAGGGAUUCCAGUUUAAUCGUUUUACGUCCCUUUAAUAAAUUAAAUUUCAAGUUAAA